AAUAGAGACAAAAAGGAGAAGUAAAAGUUAGAAGUUGGUUCAGCAGAGAGUGAGACUGACUAGCAGAAGAGAGUUUAUUGUGAAGUGGUUACAGCUUCGUUGUCUUUCUCAUUGGUCUCAGAGGAAAUCUAAUUGCAAUGUCACCUUCGUCGUCCAUGCUACCCAACGUCCUCACCUCAAUGCCUUCAUUGGCGAAGCCAAUGAGACCACACCGUAGUCAUCUGCUAUGCUUUCUUUCCUCUUGCUUGCUCCUGCAACCAUUUUUCACCUUCGUCGUCCAUGCUGCCCAACGUGCUGCGCAGCCGCAACGCCCUCUGCUUGGUGGAGGAACUUCCACCACUUCCUCGGUUGGGGAGAAGAGCACUACAAGAACUAGAGACCAUGCACGGGGGGAGUUGAACCAACAGGAAGAUAACAGUGACAGUGAUUCUUGGCAAGUGGUGAACCGAUAUUGGGUCUUUGCAGGUGGCGGUGUACGAGCAGCAGCUUAUGCCGGUUCCUUUGCGCGUUUGGUCGGAGAAGACGCUUGGGACCAGCCUUUGUCCUCUCGCGUUAACGGAGCUAUGGGCGCAAGCGCAGGAGCCAUUACGGCGAUGCUGGUGACGCUUGGGUACCACUGGGGGAGCAUUAUUUUAGUUUGAGCUGAUAUAAUGUUGCUAUCAAUUUCAAUAUCAAGGGGCUCUCCUAGCAGAGUCGUCUGAAAGAGUAGAACUUGGCGGUGGUUUUGAAAGACCUAUAACAGAGUAGUUUAUAGCACGCAUGGUGCAUGGAGUGCAUGGAGUAGCAUGGAGUGCAUGGAGCGCAGAGCUUUAAGGGGCGCAAGAAGCUCCCCCUUUAGCUCCAUGCUACUCCAUGUGAUCCAUGCACUCCAUGCCAUGCGAGCCGUGAAACCUUAUAAACUGCUCUGCUAUAAAUAUUUUUCAAAAGACUGACAAAGUACUUACUUACUGAGAAGAAUGUCCUCUUCCUGCUCAAUCAUACCUUCAUCACCAUCACUCAACGCAUCAAAUACAAAUCCAAUGCCCUUAAGGCAGUCUGCACUGUAGUUUGUGCGAGAUUUAUUGUCUAUUGGUAUUGCAUUGUAUCCUCACUGGCCCUCGCGAGUCAGGUUUUCACCUCGUGAGUUGCUGCAGUAUUUGAUUUCGAUUGACUGGGAGAGUUUCGCGGACGGUCCAACUGAGUCGGAUUUUGUGAACAAGCCUAUAGCAACUCUGAGCUGGAUUCAGCGAAACUUGUGGAACAAAUUCGGAUGGAACACAGGGGACCCACUGCGGAAAGCGCUUGGUAUUUGUUUAGAGGUGGUUUCUAUUUGAUGGAUGCAUAGUCAGGUUUUGCCAGGACUAGUUUAAAAGGGCUCCUUGAGACUCCAUCUAUCCGCUCAGGUGUCGCGCUUUCUAUGCGCAAGCUGCCGGAGACUUACACCUUCAAGCAGCUUUUGGACGAGAAGAAGCAGGAGCUUUUUGUCGUAGCUUUCUCUGUUUCGCAAAGCGCGUCGUUUAUUUUUUCGGCAGAGACUACACCCAACGUUCCAAUCCGCGACGCGGUACUGACCUCGAGCAGUAUGCCCUUCUAUUUCACAGCACGGUUUUGGCAGAAAGUACCCGUCGGAUAUCCAACAGCAUUGCUGACUACACCAGCCACACAACAAGGACAAAGUCACAAUCAAGAACAUCAUAAUCCCCAAGAGCAACUACAUAUCAAACCUUGGUCGAAGAAUGUCACGCUUUCUAGUGCCCAUCAAACAUCUUCUUCCUCAUCAAGCAUCAGGACCAAGAACUCCGAAGCUGUAGACCAGGACAGAGAAAUGCGUUACGUCGAGAAUGUGCUUCCGUACGGAAAACUGACGCCACCCAAAGACCUGCUUCCCUUUGGCGCGUGGGUCGAUCCGCGAUCGAGGCAGACUAUCUAUGCACCAGAGCCUUUCGCCGAUGGUGGUACCAUGGACAACUAUCCAAUGCAGUGGCUUUUGCAGUUACGAACCUCUGGUGUUUAAUCUUUACUGCUAGAACAAGUGGAGGAAAAUGUUGUCAACGACAACAACGUUUUCAUUUUCAUGUAAAGACUUACCAACCCAAACUUAUUUGAUAUAAGCAUCUGGAUGUCGGUUGUUUCUAUCACAGCACUUAAUGUUGAAUCACUGUCCUCCUCGUGUAGUAUGAAUAGUACACAGUACACUCUCUUCUAACUCCCCGCAAGAAGCUGAGCGAAGGCAACAUCGUUUUAGGCUUUCUGGUUCUGGAUAGCGAGGACCAGGUGAAUUGGUUUUUUCAUCCGGAUGAUAAAACUGCAAAAAAAUCCAGUGGUGACGGCGGGAAGGCUUUUGAGCACCAUAUCAAUCCCGGGUGGUGGGGAGCUUACCUUAAGGCUUGCCCUAAUCCAUAUCCAGAAGCAUCUUGGGACAGCUCCGUAAGACGAAAAGAAACGAUGAUCUCAAGAUGGAUGAAUCUCAAGAUGGAUGAUUAGGGUGAGCUCUAAUUAUCCUAGCGCUUAUCUCGGUGCCCUUCUCACUGUGCAACAAUACAAAGACUAUGCUGGUGUGCCAGAGUACACCAGUCGCACAGUUGCCAUCGACACACUCGGAGUGAGUUCCCAUGAGUGGGACGUCCUGAAGAACAAGGAUAUGGUGCGCAAACUGGUCAUCAAGGGUUGCGAAGCUUUUGAUAACCACGUUACACCACCUUCCUCUUCAACAUCUUCCUCGUCGAGAAGUGCAAAAACCAGUCAACAGAAGAGCUGCGAUGAUUUUGUGGCAGAUUUUCUUGGCCCUUUGGCAUUUGAGAACCGCAUUAGGUUAGAAGAAGAUAUCAAUUAUGAUGAAGUGCAGGGAGGUGAUCAAGCAGGACUGCAAGACAACAUCAUUGGAGAAGGGGUACCUAGUACUACAGCUCAACAACAAGUUCCCACAGUUCUUGUACCCCAGUUUUUGUCUGCGACUACUAGCAAGACCAGUAAAGCGCCAGCAGUAGUAGAGCAGAGCAGGGGUGCAAACCUGAACGACCUUUCUUGGGACUAUUCGACACUGUGGGAGACAUCUAUUAUAGAUCCUAACUAAGCAAGUAGAUGAGGAUACUACUAUCAAUCUUGUCUUGCCAGUAGCUGAGGAUAGAAGCUACUAGAGACGCAUGAUGAUGAUGAUGAUGAUGAUGAUGAGUAGCCUUUCGAAAAUAUAGUUUUACAGUUUCGUGAUUGAUGCAUACCAACAUGACAUAAGAACAGCAUGACAUACCAUACUGUUCUUGAUCACAGUCUAAUGAUCAUAUCAUGCCAGCAUGUAAUUCUGUAGACGGAACUAGCAUAGGAACAACAAGUAUAUUUCCAACACUUUUCCGAUCAUAGAAGAUUUGAAGUCACUUUUACCAAACAAAGUUUGUUUUUCGGCAAAACUCACUAUCACUACGAAUUCAUCACUCACUCCUUGUGUAUAAAAGCUUCUUAUCAUUAACAAUCACCCGUCUGAUGUUGUAGCAUCAACUACUCAGCAGGUACUGUACUAGAAGCACGGACUGUUGUUUGACAAAAAAUACAAACUUUUGAUCUUCAUGUAUCUUGCAUAGUAGACAGAUGUGACUUUUCACAUACGUAGAAUGGUAUCAGUCUUAUUUUGGAUGAUGGAAUGCUUCCAUUAGACCACCAGUCUUUCUGGAGUCUGUCGUGCACCUUUCUAUGUGCCGAAAUGCAAAAAUGACGAUGUAUACCAUAGUCCUCACAUAGUCAUGACCUUCUACUUGUAUUAAUUAUAGCAGAUGACUGAAGAUGAGUUUGUCUGACAACGCUGUGUGCUACUGCACUGCUCGAGGACGCGGGACGCGAUAGAUAUGUAGUUCUUUGCGUUUUGGGGUCAGGAGAUCAUUUCCUUCAUUGGAUGAUUAGAGCCUUAUCAUGCAUUUAUAUCUGAGGACUAAAAAUCCAAGUGCAAUAAGACGUGUCAUCUCGUCGGAAAGUUAAAGUUUGAGUUUCAGUUUGGCAAAUAGAAAAUAGCAAGA